GGCCCAGACGGGUUCUCCUGGUUUCAGGUAGACGCCCAGGUGAGCCGAGGGGACCUAUGGGUAAUGUAGUUCAGUCUUGGGCCAGUGGCACGUUCCAUGGGCGCUGGGAAAUAGGGCUGGGACUCAGAGUCCCACAAAGCCUUGCGGCCACCCACACAAAAAAGGUAUGUCUGCUUCCAAUUAGAGAGGCAACCUGUUCGCAGGUUUGGAGCCCUCCAUAAAGAAGUUCUCCAAAGCCAUGCCUUCAUGUACCUGAACUGUGGGAGAUUUUGGAGCGGGAAUAAAAAGGAAAAGGAAAAUGUCUGCUUCCUGUUACAUGAAGGAGGUUUCGUGGAGUAAAUCAGAGGGUUCUCUGAUUGACUUGGACAAUGGAAAUCCUGCAAGGAAAGAUUGGUCAGAUGAAAAGGAAAAUGAAUAUGAUAUGAAGUUUUAUUGGUCUGAAGAAUUUAAGCAAAGUGCCCCCAGUGUGUUUAAGACAAAUCCAUUCUGGAACGAACUGUCAGCCUCUAACCCAUUUUUAGACGAUGUAGCUCAGUCAAGCAACAAAGAAAAAAGUAACAGGCGUAUAUCAAUUUUGAAAGAAGAUCCUUAUUUAUUUUUAAGAGAUUCAAAUAUCAGAUAUUCUCCAGCUUCAUCUGGAGAUGAAUUAAAUAUUGAUUAUCUUUUUCAUCGUAAAGCAUCAAGGAGAUCGACCAAAUCUCGGAGCGUUUCAGAUCUUUUGGAUAUUGUAAGUGCCAAGACUUUUGAACCUCAUAAUUCAGCACCUUCCAACCACAUUCUACCUCCAGAUAAUGAAUCACUUCAGAAUGACCGUGAAGCUUAUAAGACAGCAUGGUUGAAUCAAAGGCAGCUGGCCCGAUCUUGCUUGGAUUUGAAUGUGAUAAAUCAGAGUCCAGGAUGGGCACAAACUCAGUCUAUAGAAACUCAUAUAGUAUGCAAAGUGAAUCAUGAGGGUGGUUCAGUGCAGCUUCCAGACUCAGAUAUUGCUGUUCAUUUCCCUGAAGGUCAUGUACCUUUUGGUGAAUUUCAAGAGGUUGGAUUACAGGCUAUCCUUGACUCUCCAUCAUCACUUAACCAUGAGUUUUCAACCACUGUGAGUCCACUGAUUGAACUGACAUUAAGUAACCUCAAUACCACAGAAGCCAUUUUACUAGAAAUGAAAAUUGCAGCUGAAGUAAAAAAGGAUCCUUUUAGUCAAGUUAUGACUGAAAUUGUUUGUCUGUGUAGUUCCAGUAAAGAAGGUCCAUUUGAAAAAAUACACAACUGUUACAUUUAUAAAGAUACUAUCCAAGUGAAGCUGACAGAUCUGAGUCACUUGAUGUACAUUGUAGCUGUAGCCCAAGCGAAUGCAGUGAAUUCCCCUGCAAGUGCUUGGGAAUAUAUCCACAGAAAACUUUCAGUGGGAAUAUAUGGGCCCAAACAUAUUCAUCCAUCUUUCACUGUUGUUUUUGCACUCUUUGGCCACAGCUAUGUUCCAGAGAAGCUUACAGUAUGUGGCAUUAAAAAGGGUGGGAAGAGUAUGCCCCCGGUUGUUUUCCAACUAUGGGGGAAACACACAUUUGUACUUGAGAAGCCACAAGAUCUGAACAUAUUUGUGGCUUCUUGUGACCCUGAUUUUGAAGUUAAGGAAGAAGAUCAAAGGAAAGAAAUUAAAGAAGAAACAUUGAAAAGUGGUGGCCAGGUGAUUCAGCAACACUUCCCAUUUUCCAUAAUCAGUGCAAGAAAAAUACAUCUGUUUGUCUUCCGCAUCCAAGUUAAAGUCCCAAACAACAACUUAGUGUGCCAGUUCUAUAUUACAACUCCUGAACCAGCUCCAAAGCCAUUAACUGGAUUGUUCAACCAGCCAAACCGACUGGGAAAGCGCAAAGAGAUCAAGUCUGCACCAUUGCUAUCUCUACCAAGCAUAAAAUAUCCCACAUUUCAAGAUAAGGCUUUAAAUGUUAAGAGCUAUGGCAUAGCUUUGAAAACUGUGUUACGUCAAAGUAAAAUUGACUAUUUGCUGGAAUAUUUUAAAGGGGAUACAAUAGCACUUCUCAGUGAAGAUAAAGUAAAAGCCAUUGGGCAAACUAAAAUAAAAGAUUGGUAUGUAGGUGUUCUUAGAAGAAAGGUUGGGCUUGUACACUGCAAAAAUAUCAAAGUGAUAUCCAAGGACCAAGCUAUAGAUACUGAUGAUAGUGCAAUCACAACCAACAGCCUCGCUGAACAAAUUACAUUGCCUUUUAGAAAACUGACAUAUAUCUAUUCAGCUAUCUUAUCUACAGUAUCAGAGCGAAUGUAUGACUGGAAAGCUUUGGCUAAUGCCCUUCAAUUUUCACACAUGUCCCUGGAUGAUUUCAGUGAGAUACAAGCUGAGAAAGAAUCAGAAAAAACUGCAUAUGUUGUGAAGAAACUCAAGGAAGUUUGCCAUGCUAACAGGAGUACAAGGCGUUUCCUGUAUGAGCUCUCUGUUGCUCUUCUGAAACUGGAUUGCCAAGGAUUGCUAGCGCGCAUUACCCAGGAUACAGUCAUUUUUACCUCAGCCGUGAAGCUUGGAAAAGGCUGGAGGGAGCUGGCUGAAAAAUUAGCCCGACUCACAAAGCAACAGAUUGAAGCUUAUGAAGCUCCCCACCGGGGGAAAAGCGGAGAUGUUCCUCCAGAGAUGAUGUGGAAACCAGCGUAUGACUUUCUAUAUACCUGGGGAGCUCACUAUGGAGAUAGCUACAGAGACAUGUUGCAAGAUCUGCAGUCUGCAUUAGAUAAAAUGAAAAAUCCUGUGACCAAACAGUGGCGAGAACUAACUGGAGCUCUGAUUCUGGUCAACUGCAUGGAGAUUCUGCAAGCAAAUGCUUUCUCUAAAAUGGAUGAAGAAUAAAUGUUGUCUUCUAUUUUGGAAAGGUGUCCUAGAAUUCAUCUCCCUGAAAUGCAAAGACAUUAAUUGGGGACAUUUCCAUUAAGAACCAUUUAGUGCCUUUUGUCAAAAUGAUGCCUCCUGGGUAUAGCUUUUUUUUUUUAAGUCUAAAAAUCAACAAAAAACUGAGCCAUUUAAUUUUCAGGCACAACCAACUUUACCUGUUUUAUUCCUAUCUGUAUACCGAGUACAACAUUUCUCAGUACUUGUUGAUGGCAACAGUUGUGAGUUGAAUAACCUGUGAUUGACUGUAGAAUAAUGUUUUGGAAAUGCAGCUCUAGUGAAAUGGGAGUUGGGCAGCAAAGUUAAGAAAACUAUUUUAGAAAAGUGAGUUUUCACUAGAAAUUGUUACAUUCAACUGCUAGUGUCAUUCCUGACAAAGGGGCUCAACAGACCGGCAUUAACACCAGCCUCAGGGUAGAGCGGGGGUGUCGCGUCACAGUGCUCCUUUGGUGCAGUGUUUAGACAUGUGUGCUAAAGGAGCACCUAAAACUGCCGGAUCGGAGCCGUAGCGUAUGGUUGCCAUGGCCCCGAUGCAGUGAGGAAAGAGGCAGCGAGACACCUCUCCAAAUGGGUGGUCUGUUUUGCCCCAAAGUCAAUUAGGAAAUCACCAUGUAUGCACAUGGUUGCUGUUAAAAAAAAAAACCCAGGAAGAUUAUUUCAAUGUUUGAUUUUAUUAUUGUUCGGUAGUAUGCCGGAAGACUUCUCUGGCUAUUUCCAUGCUAGUAGAUCCAGGCUGUUUUGAAGACCUCUGUCUUGGCUGUCUAUCACUGGCUCACAUUUACCCAUGAGGUAGUGUUGCUACUGGCAGCAAAAACAUCUAGUUCUGAGUCUGGGGGAAGGAUAAUUCUCUUGCAGAGCUUGGGAAAGUAAACUUUGUGCACUGAAGUUCCCAAAAUCUUCUAGUGGACAAGGCCAGUGGUAGUUUUAUCCCCCCCCCCCCAUACUUUUUCAACUUCUGGCCUCUUUUGAAAAAAUUGUUUUUACUGGGUGGGGCCCAAGGCUGCUCCUAACAUGGUGAAAGUGCCCUCUGCUGCCCCAAGAAGUCAUUUUGGAAACAUUUUGGAACAAAAAGCUUAUUUUGCAAAAAACAAACAAUCCACCACCUUUUUGCAAUUUUUAAAAUUACUUCUUAGGGGUUAGAAAAAUAGUCUCACAUGCAAUGUAUACAUUACAUAUUUUUCAUUUUAAAAAAUCAUUGAGUUGUGAUGUUACGUAGUUUUAAGUAAACAUGCAGGCAGAGAAGAGACAGUCCCAUUGCUCUUCUCACAUAGACAGCAAUAUUUAGAAAUAGGGAGAUACUGUCAGCUGGAUGUUGUCAGCUAGAUCAGAAACCUUGAAAAAAAUAGGUUUCUGGUUGUGUGGAGAAGAAUAAUGCAAUGCUAGUACACUCCCCGUCUAUGUUGUUAAACUACACAAAACAUUUCUUGCAUAAUUGUAAUUACCCACCGCUUACAAACUCCAUACACACUGGGACUGUGUGUAUUCUAGAUUACAACUGUUAUAACCAAUAUGUUUAAUGAAUUUUUAAAAGAAAUAAUUAUAGACUGUCUUGCUCUACACUGCAAAAUUAACAAACAGAAGGAUGUUAUUAAUAUAUAUUAAGAUAAUUGAAGGACUUUUUAAGAGAUUAUCUUCUCUUAGGAAAGUUCACCAUUCUGGAUAAUAAAAUAUUACCAGCUGUGCAACAAAACUGUCCAAAUCCUAUGCUUUUUGUUAAAUAGUUUGUUUCGGUUGUGACUUUUCCACCAAUAGUAACUUGAGUUUGCAUAGGAAUGUUGGAUGACUUGCCAGUAUCUUGUUUCAGUCCAAGGGAUUCCAACUACUACAUUAUUGAUCCCAGUUGGAUUUUGACUACUAAAGGUCAAUUUAAGAGAGGUGAGACGAACAAUCCUCUAAAAAGGCAGCUUUGAUUACCCCGUAUGUAAUAUACUUUUUUUCCUUCUUGAAGCAUGGUUUGAAACUGGUGUUAUCAGUUCUUUUUCUGAUUUCUUUGUUAUUACCAUUUUGAAAAUAAAUUUUGUAUAUUUGAAUUAAA